CAAUUAAGGGUAAAGGACAAAAUAUUUGAUAAACUUUUUUUCUCCCCCUCCUUCCUCUCCUCUCCUUUCGGUCUGAACGGGACAGGAGUCAUGGGAUACCGAUGGGACCGGGUUUAAAGACGCAUGUUGGGAGUUCUGGAUUCAGUUUGGACCGAAAUGCAUAAAAAAAGUUUUGCAAAUAUCCAGAAACCCCUGAAGAUGAGGAUUAUUUUUGCGUAAUGACGCGCUGAUGGAAGAAAGCUGAAAAGACAGUUUGGGGACACUUCAGUUAAAGUUCGUGGCGCACCGAGGAUUAUUUUUUAAUUUWAUUUUUUUUUACUAGAGAUUACUGGAUUAUAAUCCCUGUAUCUUCAUCCCAUCCUCUCGCCCGCCGGAGGACGAGCGAUGGGGGCCGCGCCGGGCUCUGGUUCGGGCUGGGAGGAUGGCGAGUUCGAGUUCAAGCUGGUGUUCGAGGAGGACCCGCCUGAGCGGCAGCUUCAGGGGCCAGCCCCGGUGCGCGCGGCCGAGCCGGAGAGCUCCAGAGCCGGGGAGGAGAGCUCCGGCGCCCUGCUGCAUCUGGACUCCUCCAGCAGCGGCAUUCUGGGUACAGACAACCAUACAGCUGUCUCUCAUGCGGGACACACAAUCAACAUCCCCAGCCCGCCACCCUCAUCCAAUCAGCGGGCAGGGAUGCAUUCCCCGCCUCCUCGGCGAGCCACCAUCAGGGAAUUUAGCGGAACCUACGAGAGCCUGCCAGCACGCUCUGUUCAGGUUUCAGAGUCUUGUGUGGUCGAGUGCCCCAGCAUCCAGAUAACCACCAUCUCACCUGAGGAGGACACGCCAACCAUACCUGAUUACUGGCACAUGGGUGGCAGUGGCAGGUGGGACAAAGAGCGCCUCUACCUCCCCCUGCUGGACCCCUUCACUUAUCGCGACAGAUGCCCGGGGUCCCUCAGCCCAAGCCCUGCCUCCAGCCCCUCCUCCCGAGGCUGGCUUAGCCCCGCCUCCAGCUGCGACUCCCUGCUGGUGGAGGAGGAGGAGCUGAACGAGGCCACCGGCAAUUUCGGACUCUCGCCGUCCUCGAGGCCGACCUCGCCCGGGGGCAAAAAACGACGAAACUCUCCCCUGGCCUCUCCCUGCACUUCGCGGAGAGGCAGUUAUUCUGAGGAGCUGUACGCGUGUACGCUCGAGGGCGGAGACUCCGCCUCUCAGUCACAAGCUCCACCCAGCAGCUGUGACCUCAACAUCCCGCAGAAAACCAGAAAGACGUCACUGGAACAGCUGUCUCCGAGGGAAGCGGAUCAGGAGCAGACGUCAGGUCACAGCUCACCGUGCCCGCUGCCAGACCCCCAGCAGACCAGGAGAGACCCCCCGCCGCUCAGCAUGGACUACCUACCUGUGCCCCCAGCUCUAGCCUGGGGCAGAACGCGAGCCAGCGCCCACAGUCCUCUAUUCAGGUCCAACGCUCUGCCUCCUCUUGACUGGCCCCUGCCACCCCAGUUCGACCAGUACGAGCUUCGCAUAGAGGUCCAGCCUCGCCCGCACCACCGAGCCCACUACGAGACGGAGGGCAGCAGAGGCGCCGUCAAAGCUGCGCCGACGGGACAUCCUGUUGUCAAGCUGUGUGGAUACACGGAGAGGAAGCCGCUCUCGCUGCAGGUUUUUGUUGGGACAGCCGACGACCGCUCCGUCAGGCCGCAUCCCUUCUAUCAGAUCCACAGGGUGACCGGGAAAAUGGUCGGCACCGCCAGUCAUGAGAGCGUCCAGGCAGGGACCAAAGUGCUGGACAUCCCCCUGAACCCGGAGAACAACAUGACUGCACUCAUCGAUUGCGCCGGCAUCCUGAAACUGAGAAACUCGGACAUUGAGCUGAGGAAAGGCGAAACAGACGUCGGGAGAAAAAACACGCGAGUUCGCCUCGUGUUUCGUACCCACUUCCCCCUGGCACCGCCUGUGGCCCCGCCUGGACGGGUCCUGGCCCUGCAGGUUGCUUCGCUGCCCAUCGAAUGCUCUCAGCGCUCGGCCCAGGAGCUGCCCGUUGUCGAGUCCGUCAAUCUUACUUCCUGCUCGGUGGAAGGAGGGGAGGAGCUGCUGCUGAGCGGAGCCAACUUCCUGCCCAUCUCCAGAGUCCUCUUYAUGGAGAGGGGCACGGAUGGUAAAUUACAGUGGGAGGAAGAGGCUCACGUUGACCGUGGCAACAGCAACGAGUGUUUGCUGUGCGUGAGGGUUCCCGCCUACAGCGACCUCUCCGUCAGUCGGCCCGUCUCCGUCAGUCUGUACGUCUCCAACGGAAAGAGGAAGCGCAGCAGCACUCACUGCUUCAAGUACCUGCCAGUUAUGUUUAAAGAGGAGGACCCUUUGUUGUCCCGGCCCUCGGUGCCGCCUCUGAAUGGGGGUUCUGUGUACCCGGUGGGCGGUCCCCCCAGGAUGGACAGAGGUUUCCACAUGUCAGAUGAUCCAGGCCUUGGUUUCCACCUGCCCCCCUACCCUUCUGCCUACUCGCCUCCCUGCCCCGCCGUCAGCUACCAUGAGGAGUUCUGCUCCAAACCGGACGCCCCGGUGGAGGAGCCCGGCGGGUCCAGGGCGUCCCUGUCAGAGCGCCACCCCAGCUUUGAGAACCUAGAGCUGGGCUUCACCGAGCUCCUCCCCCCUCUGUACCCUCGCGCCCCUCAGCCUUCCUCCCCAUCUCCGUCCCCAUGGCUGGACUCCCCCUACCUGUCCUCCUCCCCCUCCCCGUCCCACUCCUCCUCCCUCAGCCCGUUCCCUACUGAAAGUCCCAUCUCCAACUCCCCUCUGCCUCCCGUCCCCACCUCGCCGUUCCCACAUUGCUCCGCCUACCCUCCGGAGGCGUGUCCCUCCCCUCCGUCCAACCCUUACCAGGACACCUGCCCUGCACCUUUCUCCCACUACGAGGGCUGGGACCCCCAGGGGAGAGUGUUGGGCACGGGACCGGGAGGAGACGGGGAUGCUAAGAUCCAGGAGUGUCCUCUGGAGUUCACCAGCGCUGCCUCGAUUCACCACAUCACCUUUGAAGAAGUGUCAGAGUUCAUUGGGGAGGACAUCCAGGCUUUUCAGUCCGGUUCACACAUGAACAACCAUCCAAACUGAUCUCAGAUCAGCUAAAGACGCCCGUCUGACGUUCAGCAUUGUGUUAAAUUUCUGAUGCACUUGGUAUAAAAAUGCGUUUCUGCAGUAGUCUGUUAUAUUGUCAGAGGACUCUGGUUGUCAAAACACUUUUGUAAUUGAAUUUUGUUCACAAUCGACUGUUUUAUAAAGGAAAAGUAUUGUUUGAAAAAAUGUCAAAUAUAAAUUAUAUUAAAGCUGUG